AUGAAGCUCCAAAUGCCCAAGAUCCUUGCCUCGGCUCCUGGUGCGCCCAUCUUGAAUCCUACGAGCCCCUGCUACAAGAUCAGUCCCGUCCGUUUCGACGACUACAACUUUACCGACGGCAAAGAGUAUGAUCCCUGGUCGGGAUAUGGCCGAUACAUCACAGACGUCGAAAAGUCUCUGGCGAGUAUCGACCCUGUAGCUGUCAAGAACGGCAUCAGGGCCACGCCCAUAGCGGCCUUGGAUCCCACCUGGGAGACGCGAAAGUUGAGCCAACAGUUGAGACCAAGACGACUAACGAAGAUAAAAGAAUUAAUGACGGGAUUGCCUCGCCUAGAGGGAAAAGAGUGUGACUUGACACUUCAGACGCUGUACAAGGUUAUCGACGAGAGCGUCAGCCAGGAGGAGAGCCUUGCGAAGUAUCGCGUCCCGGGCCCUGACGCUGCAUCUAAUGUCCUCGAACAACUUGCAUAUCUGUGA